AUAGUUGCUAUAUUAUAGUAGUAUCGAAUAUAGUUUCAAACGAACAAGAUGUAUGUUAGGCCGCUAAUCAUAUGUGUUGUACUAGUAAAUGUGCAGAGUCAAGGAAUUCAAGAGACGAGAAUAGUAAACAUAGACCAAGGACCGGUGCGAGGAUUCAAGAAACCAGGGGCUGGAUACUAUUCGUUUUACAACAUGCCCUACGCAACUAUCAGGGAAAGAUUUAAGGCCGCCUCUCCGCCACCCACAUGGACAACACCUUUCGAUGCCGUAGAUCGGGGCAUCAUUUGCCCUCAGGCCUUUGUGCCAUACGUCAACUCAGCCAACAGGACCAUGCAAGAAGAUUGCCUUGUCAUAAAUGUGUUCGUUCCUGAAACAAAUGAGACAAAUCUCCCUGUCCUUGUUGACGUACAUGGUGGAGCCUUCCAUGCUGGAUUAGGAGACGCAUUUACUUACAAUAAAUUUGCUACAUUAAAAAAUGUAAUUGUAGUCACCUACAACUACCGCGUUGGCAUACUAGGCUUCAUAUGCAUGGGCACGGAGAAUAUUCCGGGUAAUGCUGGCAUGAAAGAUGUAGUUACGGGGCUUCGGUGGGUGCAGCGAAACAUUGCAAGCUUCGGAGGAAACCCUAAUGAUGUAACUCUAACUGGAUGUAGCGCUGGUGGUACGGCAAUUGAUCUACUAAUCUUGUCGAAUUCAACGAAAGGACUAUUCAAAAGAGUUAUAACCGACAGUGGAUCAAAUCUCGCUGCGUAUGCAAUACAACCAGAUCCAAUCGAAAUGGCGAAACAAGACGCUAUGCUAUAUAAUUUCACAGAUGUCGAUAAUUUAGAUGCUCUGGAGCAGUUUUUCUUGACUGAACCAUAUGAAACAUUUACAAGGACAAGUUCUAACUGUGGACCAUGUGUAGAAAAAGAUUUAGGACAAGAAAUGUUUUUACAUGAAGCUCCAUACACAAUUUUGAACAGAGGAGAUUUCAUUAAAUACCCCACUAUGUACGGGUUAACUGAUAUGGAAGGACUAUUCUAUUUUAACAGAUUUGAGGAAUUAAGUCAGCAGAUGGAUAGCAACUUUUCAAAUUUUCUGCCAAACGAUUUGCAGUUUAGCAGCGAGGGGGAGAGACAACGCGUAGCUGAAUCUGUGAAGUAUUUUUACUUUGGGAAUGGAUCUGUUUCGGGUAAUUUAAAAGCCUUUGUGGACUAUCAGUCUGAUGUUGUUUUUGUAUACUCUAUUUUGCGAACCGUUCAAUUAAAUGUACAUGUUGGACACAGAGAGUUGUAUCUGUAUGAGUACUCUUAUUAUGACGAUGGAUCUUUGGGGAGCCCCUCAUUGUGCCCAAGCGAGAGCUGUGAGGGAUGAAGACGAAACCAACCUUACAGAGAAUUACAUGAGAAUUAAGACUUUAAUGAGAGAAUUUUGGUAUAACUUCAUGAUAGCUGGAAAUCCAGUAAUCAACGCGAGUCCUGUCCCCUCAUGGCCUAUAGUAGGUCAAAACCGAUCUCCACAUCUGUCCGUGGGUCGAAGCAUAGAGCUUCGUGGUACACUAAUGCAGGAACGAGCACAAUUUUGGGAUGCGAUAUAUGAGCGACACUACAGAUUGCCAGUACCACCUAGCCGAGACUCCGCAUCCUUACUGGCACCAAGAAAUUCAGUAUCAGUAACGAUUCUGUUAAUUAUUUUUAAUCUCUUGUAGAUUUAUUAACGUGAAUUAUUGCUUAUUGAGUAAUUUAAUAUACAUGUAUAUAUUAUAUCUAGUUUAUGAGUAUACACUUAUAAUGUGUGUAAAUUGUAUCCAAAAUAACUUUUUAUUUAUCUAGUAUCCUAUUGGAUUUUAAUUAAGGGCUUUUCAUUAAAAUUAUGAAAUCGUA